UGACGUCAGUUGGAGUUUGGUCGCCGGCUCGAUUGUUGUUAGUUCAUUUUGCAACUUUGUCUCCGCGAACUUUUUACGAUCAAGCUUGUGUUGCAAAACUUUUUACGAAUUUUUUGUGUGAGUGAGAACGUAUUUGUAGAUACAAAACAGGUGUUCGUUGUGUAGCCGGAGUGUUUUGUGACCAUAAGUGCUACAUUUUAAAGGGACGCCGUCGCAGCCUCUGGACCCUACCCAUAGUAGGAAUUAGGCAGGUGUUUAGUCGAGCAUACAUUACAAUAGAUUCUUAUGGCGUUGCGGUUAUGAAGCCUAAAUCAUGUCUGAUGGAGAGAUGCAACAGAUGAUUUGAGGAAUGCAAACGCAUCGGAGUUAUUACAGCUGCUGAGAUGGCGCGGCGGAGCGCGCUUCUCCGGCAAACCACAAUCUGGCUUUUAGUUAUUCGCCUCUCAUCAGCAUGGGCGACGCCAGGACCAUGCGAAGUGGAGACAGGCCAAUCAAGCAUUAUAGUUGAUAUUGAAGAAAGCAGAGGGGAACAGGUCAACCAAACUACAAUACCAGCGGAGUUACCAAUAGUCGGUGAGCCAGAUGUAGAUGUCAUUCUAUCAACAGUUUUUCCUAAAGGUCCAACGCUUUUUGAGCUCGACGGCAAACGUCUCCAGCUACUUCAACCCUUGGAUAGGGAUGCUGAUAACUUAUCACAUAUGGUAUUCCAGCUGGUAUGCCAAGUGAAAGCGACCAAGAAGAGGCGAACUAUCCCCGUAAUCGUAAGAGUGUCGGAUAUAAACGAUAAUGCACCGGUAUUUCAAGGCACGCCCUAUGAAACUAGUAUAUCAGAGUUAAUACCUAUCGGUUCGACGAUAUUCGACGGUAUACGUGCAUUGGAUCCCGAUGCUGGUGUGAAUGGUUUAGCAGAAUACUUUAUAAUACCUGGUGAUAAUAAAACGCUGGAGGCUGCUAACGCGGCCGAUGGUUACACGAACUUCGAGAUCCCAAUACCUCACCAGGGUCAAGUCACUGUGAACAGGAGUUUAGAUUACGAACGGACACAGAAGUAUCUAGUCACUAUUGUUGCUUCUGAUCGAGCUCGCGAUACCAAACGCCGUCUCUCCAGUACCACCACGUUGACGGUGAAUGUUCAGGACGGGGACGACCAGGAUCCGUCCUUUAUAUACAAAGGCUGCACAUUACAUGACGGAGUUUGUAUCAACCCUGAGUACAACACUUACGUAAACGGCGGUGUACUCGCUGGUAUACUGACGAUAGAACCUGAGAAGAUUCAAGCCGUGGACAUGGACACUCUGAACGCUCGUAUAAAAUAUACUAUAGAGAGCGGCGAACCCGAUUCAUGGGCGAGUUACUUUGAUAUAGAUCAAAGUACAGGCGCCGUGAGGCAACUUGUGCCUGUCGAUACAAGUAUUGCUAAGAAAUUCCAAUUAGUUAUUAAGGCGGAAGAGAUAUCGGAAGCGAAACGGUUCACAACAGCCAAAUUGACAAUAACAGUGAGACCUAUAGACGCAAGUCCACCGGUAGUGACGUCAUCGUCAGAUGAAGGGCAGGUUGAAGAAAACUCUACCAAAGGGACCAAAGUCCUGGAUAAAUCUGGAAAUCCUAUCAGAUUGACAGUAUCUGAUCCUGACUUGGGUCCCGGAGAUCCGAUACCGGCCUACAAAUUUGAGUCAACGACAAGCUUCUUUGACAUCGACAAAGACGGGUACCUCGUAGUUAGCGACGAUAGAUUAGAUCGCGACCCACCAAACAAAGAUAGACUUAGAUUUCAGGUGGUAGCUCGCGAACCGACGGGGGCGGCGUCACCGCCUUACUCGCUCUCCGUGGAACUGCUUGAUGUUAAUGACAACGCUCCAGUUAUACCAAAAACACAGCCAAUCACCGUACCAGCCAGCCUCGAACCAGCUGCUGUAUACAGGGUGGAAGCUACAGACAUAGACGAGGGUGAGAACGCUCGUAUCAGUUACAGUAUAUACCACGUGUCUAACAACGGGGGUAACAAGUUCACUAUAGAUCCAAACACUGGUGUUAUAUCGAGCACCGGUCGUCUACAAGCUGGUGAACAGUACAGUGUCACAGUGAGGGCCGCUGACUCGAAACGAUUGAGUUCCCAAGGCAUCAUUGAGCUAGUGGUAGCCCCCGGACCCAAUACACGCCCACCACAAUUCAGUUCAAGGGAUUACUUCGCACCGGUGUCUGAAGGAGCCGCUAUCAACUCAACUGUUACCACCGUCACAGCCAAAGAUCCUGAGAAUGAACCUGUUACAUACUCAAUAGCGUCUGGGAACGAUCUGCGUCAAUUCGCCAUCGGCUCCAACACUGGCAUCAUAACAGUUAUAAGACAUUUAGAUAGAGAAGUACUCACGAGGUAUCAGCUGAUGAUAAGAGCCGAAGAUCCAGGACACUUGUCAACAACAGCUACGGUUAAUAUUAAAGUCACUGACAUUAACGACAACAACCCAAAAUUCGACGAGGAUUCCUAUUUGUUUAAAAUUAAAGAAGGAGUAGCAAACGCUGAAGUGGGCCAAGUACAUGCUACUGAUUUAGAUGAAGGUGUGAACGCUAUGAUCACUUACAGUAUCCCAUCACAUCUGCCGUUCGCUAUAGAUAACUCUACUGGCGUUAUAAGUACUGUAACAGAACUUGACUAUGAGGAUACUAAGGAGUAUGCAUUCGUUGUGACAGCUACUGAUGGUGCGAUGGAUAAGCGUCUGGGCACGGCCUCUGUAUCAGUUUUAGUGUUGGAUGAACCAGACGAGCCCCCGGUCUUCAUACAAGGAGUGUAUUCAGUUAGAGUGCCAGAGAACGCACCAAAUUAUCCAGUGGUUAAAGUACACGCCGAUGAUCCGGAUACCCAACCGGAGAUAACCUACACUAUUAUAAUGGGAGACACCGAUUUAUUCUCCAUCGACCGUAAGACCGGUCUCAUAAGGACAUUGAAGCCGCUCGACAGAGAGGAGUCGGCACGCCAUGAGCUCAUAGUGGGCACUGAGGAGAAUAAUAGUGAUGGAAAUGGAUCUACAGCGACUGUUGAAGUUGUUGUUGAUGAUAAAAACGAUAACGCGCCUAUAUUCACGUCUGUGGCUCGUCCGGUUACUAUAGAGGAUACGUCCUCUAUAGGCAGUUUGGUUGAGACGGUGGUGGCGUUGGAUUCGGAUGCUACAUCACCUAACAACCGGAUACGGUAUGCGCUCGCCGGACGAGGGAAAGCCAGUAUAUACUUCCACGUGGAACCGGAUACGGGAGCUGUGAAAGUUAGAGACGAUUUAAGAAAAGAGACUGAUAGCGAAUAUACCGUUGAUAUCCAAGCGUACGACCAGGGUGAUCCGGUGAUGUCUUCUGUUAUGAGUCUCACUGUCUAUGUCAGUCACUCGGCCACCGUACCUCCUGAUGUUCGCCUCGGCUUCCCGGACACUGUGUACACGGAGCACUUGGCGGAGAACUCUCCCAACUCAACUAUUGUAAGGACGUUGCCGAUAUGGAACAAGAACAAGCAUUCAAGAGACACUCCCCUCAAGUGCUUACUCACAGAUGCUUCACAGAAAGGAGUGUUUUACGUGAGACUUACAGUCGACAGAGACUGCGCUAUAUACCUCAAUAGUAGUCUAGACUAUGAAACACUAACAGAAUACUCAUUGGAAGUCCAGCUGGAGUCCAUACAGGGUCUGAUAAACCCAGAGAGCAGUAAAGCGGUUAUUAAAAUUCACGUAACCGAUGUCAAUGACAACGCUCCUGUAUUCGUAUUUAAUGAGCAGUCUACGGUGGGCGGUGCGAAGGGUAAAUAUUUCGCAAUAGCCACUAAGGAUAUGCCGUUGGGUACCAAUUUACUGCAAGUUAAGGCUAAAGACAAGGACAGUGGCGACUUCGGUAAAAUAGAAUACCGCAAAAACUCAUGGACCAAAGCAGCCGAGGAAUACUUCUCGUUGGACCCUGACACCGGCGUCAUCAGUAAUAGGAAGACAUUCGAAAAUGUCCCAAAAGACGUAUUACCGUUCAAAUUCAACGUUAUGGCGAGGGACAACCCCAAGUCCGAUAACUAUAAGAUAGCUCGAGCUUCUGUCGUGAUAAAUCUGCUCCAAAAAGACAAUCAGCUUAUCAUAGAAGUCGGUAACCUGAACGUGGAUACAAUGACGACUCAGCAAGCCCGUAGUCUGCUCGCAUCUGUUGAGGAAAGAAGUGGUUUAGUGGCAGGACUCGAGAAAUUGACUCCUAGACUAUAUUUGGGAGAAAAUGGUACUUUAGAGAGCGACCCUAACGGAACCAGUGUCUGGUUGUACUUGUUAGAUCCGAAUACUGGCGAAAUAUUGACAAGAGAAUCACAGCCGGUGAAAAAGGCGGUGGAGUCUGGUGUGUCAAUCCGGGCGCCGCUCACCCCGCCCGCCCCUCGCCGUCCACAGCUAGCGGCGGCGCCACUAGCGACGGCUCUACCCGCCGCUCUCCUGGCCCUGGCAGCGUUGGUGCUCGUCGCUGCCACCGCUGCCACUAUAUACAUAUGCGCGUCAUGGAACAGAUACAAGAAACACAAAGAGCAAGCAAUACAACAAUACGGAACCCUAAGUAUGAGUAUGGCGCCGCCGCGGCCACCGUCAGGGUAUGAGUCUAGUGAGGAAGACCCCGCUCCCAGAUAUGAAACACAGGUUCUCAAUAUGGCCGUCGAUGACGCGGACCUACAAUUGGACUUUAGUCCGAAUAACCACGCAUUCAACAUUCACAAUGUUCAGUAUUUAUCCAAAGAUAACGGCGAAAGAAGUCCAACACUAUCAGAAACAGCGACUACCGCGAGAGCGUCGAGCAUCAACGAGAACGGCGGUACCUUGAACAAAGUUCAUAACUUCGACAACAACGCCAACAACGCGACCGUCGCUCGGAACACGCAGACGUUGAAUCGGCGGACCAACAACAACCAUCCCCUGAAUAACUCGCUGGGGACGCUACCCCGGGUCAAUAAUAGUGUAGCGGGAGGACUGCUGGCUGCGACGCUGGGUAGGAAAAUCAACACCGGCAACCACAAGAAGAAACAGACGCAACCCAUUAUGGCGUACGACGAAAUACCCGGGUUACAACGAUCCACGGAUAAUGACAAUGUUACGUUCGGAAAGAGAAAUUUCACUGGUUUCUCAUACGAACAAUCCCCCGUGGAAACUACCACAGAGCUAUAAAUAUAGAGCUCUCAAUGGAGAAAGUCUCAAGGGCGUUUAUGUGUUCAAUGGAACACCGACUGACAUACUUCGACUUUGUGUUGUGUGAAUAACGAAUUUUUAGUUGUAAUAUAGCGCCGGCUAGUCUUGUUAACGUACUGUGCAUAAUAUAUUGUAAAUAAUAGAGGCAUUACAUCAAUGUAUAUUUUUUAGCAACCCGUAUGAAUAAACAUUUGUAUAGAUUUUAUAAUUUUGA